AUGGCGGUAAUAAAGGUGGAUAUGUCCAAGGCAUAUGAUCGGGUGGAUUGGAUCUUUCUUCUUAAAGUUCUUCAAGCCUAUAGAUUUUCUGACAAAUGGGUCCAGCUUAUUUCGCAAUGCAUUAGUACGGUGUGGUUUAGAACCUUAGUCAAUGGAAAGGCUUAUGCCCCCUUUAAACCUAAGUGUGGUUUGCGCCAAGGUGAUCCUCUUUCCCCGUACUUAUUCUUGUUUUGCAUGGAUAUCUUGUCUCGAAUGCUUUCUUUAGCAGAGGAUAUUAAAUUAUUCAAAGACCUACAAGUUUCGAGUAGAUCUCCUUCCAUAUCACACUUGUUUUUUGCGGAUGAUGCUAUGCUUUUCUUCAAGGCUGAUAAGGGAGCUUGUAGUUUCAUAAUGGAAAAUUUGGUUAGGUUUGGGAAAAUCUCAGGUCAACAACUAAACCUAAAGAAAUCCUUUUUCAAAUUCUCCCCUCUAUGA